AUGAGAAAAAUCAAACGGCUCCUGCACAAAUUCUUCGGCGGUGUUGGCAAUUUCUUUGCUAUCAUUAUUUUAGUGUCAAUCACUGCGAUUUUUGUUAAUACAUAUGUUCUUUCGACCCGAGAGUCAUCAAGUGCUCUUCGGAGUAAAAAUUCUCAAGAGCCCUCUCUGGGUUCCAAUGAAACACGACAAAGUUCAAUGCAAGCAAUUAGCCGGCCAACAACCGUAGAUCCUGGCUGUGAAAUCAAUGAAAAAUGUUCGAGCGAUUCAUUUGCAUUCAAGGUUACUUCAGGAGACGGAUUAAGUAAAUAUCCGUCGAUAUGUUUCAAUAAUAAGUUAUUACUUGACAAGAGCUUAAAAGAUUCGAAAGUCGGUCGUGGUCUUAAUAUCGUAGUAAUCAAUAGUACAACAUUCGAUGUAAAACUGACAGAAACAUUUGAUACGUAUCUCGAAGAAACAUUCUUUUUGAGAGCUUUACGGCUUAAUUUAACCGAUGGUGAUAUUGUUAUUAUGGCUAGUUUUGACGAAAUAACCUCCGGGUUGCGAGAAGCAUCAAUAGCGCUUUUAGAAAAAUAUGGUAGUCAAACAAUAAAAUUAGUAAAAUAUCGAGAUUCGUUUGUCAUGCUUGGUCAAAAAGGAAUACCACGCGGGAAAGCAAUUGAAAUGCAUGUGAAGAAAGGCGGCCGUGAAUACGCUGCAGCUGCGCGCAUUGCUGGUUGCGCAACGUUUCCUUUGGGCAAAAUAACGCCUAUGGUAUUGCCGAACGUCGAGAUACAUAAACAGGGAAAUAUAACAAUCGGAACUUCGAUCGAAAAUUGUGGAUUAACAGAAGUAUGCAAAUCCGAUGAAUUUUCUGUUCAUGUCUACACGGGCAAAGAUAAUAAUGAUGAACCGAAAAUCUGCGUGAACGGACAAUAUGUGAUUUCCAAGGGAAUUAACAAUGCUGGUCGUGGUUUAAAUAUCGCUGUUGUGUCGCACAAUAAAGAAGUCAUUCGAAUAGGACAUUUUGAUACAUGGCAAGACGAUAGCACAAAUUUAGAAAUAUUUCUUGAAAAUCUGGAAGACGAUGCUAUCAUUAUUGUUGUCACUUUUGAUGAAGCAUCUUCGAAACUGAGUCAACACAGCAGAAACUUAUUCUUCGACCUUGGAAGUGCGACCAUACAAAAUUUGAAAUAUCGGGAUGUUUGGGUUUUGAUUGGCCAAAAAGGAAUCAAUGGUUUCAGUCCUUUCGAAGAAAUAUCCUACGCGGGAACCGGAUUUGCUUAUGCACCGCCUAUUGACAAAAAGAUAUGUGUUCCGAAAAAAUUACGAGGACAACCGAUUCGACCUGAUCCAAUACCUUAUCGUAAUGAUCUACGCCGAGACUUUUGCUCACGUUACGAAGAUUAUGGAGACUUCUGCAGUGAAACCAAUGUUGACAAAAGUUUAUCAGCUGUUCCGCUACUGAAUCGGACGUUAGAAGAUAAUCCAAUAUAUUCAACACCGAUUCUUGUCAUUGCAGGCACUUCAAGCAAUGCGCUUCGAAUGUGUUUGGAAACGAUUUUAAUGCAACCGGGUGUCAAUGCCGUAAAUGUUAUUGUCGCCAUCGAUGAGAAAUCGACAGAACUAUCUGCACUAGUGCAGCUAUUCGGAUUCAAAAACCUAACACUACCGUCUACUACGAACUACAUGGAGUUUUAUGAAAAAGCGAUGAAGAGAACAUGGGACUUAUAUCUAAAAAGCGACAAACUAAUUGUGAUUGAAGAAAAUUUGCUUCUCUCACCAGAUUUUCUCUAUACACUUGCAUUAUUAAGUGAAGUAUUUCGAAAAGACAAAAGCAUCGAUGCUAUACAAAUGUGGAAUCCGAAUUCGUUUGAUAUCGUCAAUGGUUCAAUCGAAUUAAUCUAUCGUGUCGACGAUUUCUAUGGCUUAGGUUAUCUGAUGAAACGAUCAUUUUACGACAAAUCUAUUAAAGAUUCAUUCAAACAAUGUUGUUCGAAACGAGUUUGGGAAAAGUGGAGUUUUUCCGAUCUGACAAGUUCGUUCUUGAUGCCUGAUGUAUCGAGAGUAUUCCGACGACCAUUCGAUGAAAAUGAAGCGGAUCGACAGAAAUCUACCGAAACGCUGUUCAAUCAAAAACGAAGAACAAAUUUGGAUCCAUUUCCACCUCUGUCGAAUAUUGAUACACUUCGUCAAAAUAAAUACGACGAGACGAUCAAGACAUCACUUUCAUCUGCAACUUUGCUCAAAUCAUUGGACAAAUGUAGUUCAAUCAAUACUUACAUGCACAAUCUAAUACAAAAUCAAAAUAUAUCACACAUAUUCAAACAUGUAUAUUCUCAACAAUCAGUGGCGGAUGUCUCAUCACUCUUACCCGUUUUACCAUGUUUUGGACUUCUUCCACAGGAAGUCUUUGGUUUAUAUCAUGGUGUACUUCGCUUUAGUUCAAAUAAUAACAGUUUCUAUCUUGUUGGUUCAAAAUCACCUUUAUUGAAUACGAAAUCUUAG